UCGUUAAAAUAUAAAACUAUUUUUCAUUCUAUAUUUAGAAAGCGUUCUCUGGAAGUUGAAUUCUGUAUUGCAAAUCUGUAUUAUUAGUACAGUGUCAAAUGUGCACAUUGUUUUAAUAAGUUCUCUGACAUAGCAUUGACAGGCACAGGCACAGAUGAACUUUUCACGAGAUUAAUUUUUCGUGACUAAUUGGCCUACAAUAAAAGAACUCGUUAUCAAUUACAAUUGAAAUGAUGGAAAAUUCGAAAAUGGGUACAAAUUGCGAAGAUUUUGCAGAAACAAGGGAUAGUAAGGAAGAGUUUAGCGAUCUAAUUACUUUCGAAGGUGGCAAAUCGGUUAAUUCUGACUCCUUGGGUGAUGCCUUAUUAUCUGAUCCAAAUCAGUGUAGAAUGUGCGGAAAUUCUCUUGUGGUGCCUCGCAUGUUAUAUUGUUUGCACGGGUUCUGUGAAGAAUGCCUGGAUAAAAAACUUGUUAGUGAGGGUGGUGAUGCCGGAACUCCUGAUACUUCCAUUAUUUGCCCAACUUGUCAUCACAACUCUAAGGUUGGCACUAAGAAGUUGAAUGCUUUACCAUUGGAUGUUACAAAAACCAAUAUUUCCGAUGUGUCAAGCUCAACCAUUUUGCACUGCACUUCUUGUACAGCCAAAGAAGUGGCUAAAUCAAGAUGCAAUACCUGUCAUAACCUGUUGUGCUCUAACUGUGAUACUGCUCAUCACUACAUGCGAUGCUUUGAAUCUCACAAGGUGGUGAGUUUGGAAGAAAUGAAAAAAGAGGGCAUGAAAAUCACCAUUCAUACCCCACUUGUUUGUGAGAUACACAAAGGAGAAAAUAUCAUUUUCUAUUGCAACACUUGCUUAGUGACUGCAUGUUCAGAAUGCUUGAAAAGUGAACAUAAACCACCAACUCACAUAUGCGAACCUAUCUUGGACUCUGAACUCAAGGUGCGCCAAGAAAUUCAAUGCUUGUUAGAUGAGAGCAAAGCAAAAGUCGAAGUUUUGCUACAAGCUUCUAACGGCUUGAAUAACAGUUUGGAGGAGUUGGCUCACCAGCAUUCAACAGCCAAAGAUUUAAUAAAUGAAUCAUAUCAGAGUUACAAAGCAGUGCUUGAAAAAUGCAGAGAUGAAGCUUUGGAAAAUCUCAAGUCCUUGCAUCGAGAGCGUGAAUUGAAAAUAAUGAUGGAAAAUGAUCGAGUUGGUAAGACCAUUGAAAAUUUUGAUGACGCCUGCAAAUUCACCAGCCACCUCCUGGAAGAUGCCACAGCUACUGAGCUGAUGUACUUGCGUAAGGUGGUUGUUAAUCGCCUAACCGAUUUGAAUAAGAGCAGUCCGAAACUGGGAAAAGUUUACAGCAUUGAGUUUCAAACAGAUUUCAACAAUUUUGAAAGAGUUAUUAAGGAAAAUUUCGGAAAGUUCCUCACAGAAAAUAACGAUAAUUCGUCUAAACAAUCUAGUCCUCUACCAAUGAUACCACAAGGUUUACCCCCUCUGACCAUUAACGGUCUGAAUACUGCAUCUGGCCUAAGCAAUGGAUGUACCACAUCGUUGUCCAACAGCAGCCCCAUAUCUCUACCAAUGUCCAUGCAGUCAUCCUUUGAUGGAGACCUAAGCAAUAAUCUGCAGAACUUUACCAUCACCCAAAGCCCCCCUCUUCCGCCACCUGUGAAUACCGCAUCUCUUCAAGGAUUUUCCAGCAUCGCUGAAUAUAAUUUGACUCAGUUGGCUACGCUGGCAGAAACGAGCACUAGCAACAACACUUCCCCUUCACCACAGUUCAGCUUGGUGGAAUUGCUGAAUAAUGACACUGCUUGCAAAAACCUUGCGUCAUUGGCAAAGCUAGGUUUGAAUAACGAUACAGUUCCAAAUGGAAAUUUGUUGGUCCGUUCAACAUCUACAGCGUCAUUAAAUCUGAGUAAUAACAUGAUGAACGGUUUUGGUGGUGUUUCCACCUCUACCUCUCCUCUAUUAUCAACUCCUGACGAUAUAGUUACAGAUCCCUUGGCAAGCAUCCUUCCUUCCACCAGUAAUAAUUCCUCUACCACCAUUACCCGUUCAAAUAAGGUCAGCCCGAUGCAGAUUCGCUGGAAGUUUGGGCAGUUGGGUCCUAGUAAAUCGCAGUUCAAUUCUCCCCAUGGCUUUUGCUUAGGUUUGGAAGAAGAUAUAAUAGUUGCAGACACCAACAACCAUCGAAUACAGGUGUUCGAAAAAUCUGGACAAUUCAAGUUUCAGUUUGGGAUUCCUGGAAAAGAAGAAGGUCAAUUAUGGUACCCAAGAAAAGUUGCAGUGAUGAGAUCGAGUGGAAAGUACGUGGUUUGCGAUAGGGGAAACGAACGAUCACGAAUGCAGAUAUUUACAAAGAGCGGGCAUUUUUUGAAGAAAAUUGCUAUUCGUUACAUCGAUAUUGUUGCCGGCUUGGCAGUUUCCAGCAAUGGAGAAAUUGUUGCGGUCGAUAGUGUCAGCCCCACCGUUUUCAUUAUAGGCGAAAGUGGGGAACUGUUACGUUGGUUCGAUUGCAGUGAUUACAUGCGAGAACCCUCUGACAUUGCUAUUCAUGGAAAGGAAUUUUAUGUUUGCGACUUCAAGGGUCAUAAUGUAGUUGUAUUCAACGAAACCGGUCAAUAUCUUCGACGCAUCGGAUGUGAGGGUGUCACAAACUUCCCCAAUGGCAUUGAUAUUUCCGAUGCUGGAGAUGUUCUGAUUGGAGACUCCCACGGAAACCGUUUUCACGUUGCCGUAUUUUCACGUGACGGAUCCCUGGUCUCCGAAUUCGAAUGCCCUUAUGUCAAAGUGUCCCGUUGCUGUGGAUUGAAAAUAACGUCAGAAGGAUAUGUGGUUACUUUGGCCAAGAACAAUCACCAUGUUUUGGUCUUGAAUACUCUAUAUAUCAUGUAGAGGGCCCAUGCAAGUAGAUUUGAUCUCGCACUGUACACAAUGUUGAGAUCCUCGUGCUGUUUGACUGUUGUUACCUGCCUCUUUGAAAAUAUUAGAGCAGUUGAGCUAUGGCAUUUCAGUUUAUUGAAAGAAACUAUUUUUGAUGUGCACAUCUUGUCAGAGUAAGGUCUCGUUAUUCAAAUUGAAAUGAAGCACAAACCAAAAUUAAAUAUUAUGAUGAGGACACUUGUGUUGAGAUACAUUUUUUUGCAUCAAUUCUAUUUGUAAUGUGUCAAAUGAUACAAUUAUUCUGUUAGUUGUGAAAUUAUCAUUAGCUCUGUAACCCAGUGCCGCCUUUGCAUAUUGGAUCUUUUAAGUUAUUGUGUGAACUUUUGUUGCUGAUAUCAUGUUUUGCAAGAAAACAUGAAUGUCUGAUUUUUUCGGUGUAAAAAUAAAUUGAAUUUCUGUGAAAAAUUUUUCGACGAUAAAUUAUGUAUUAUCCCAUUUCGUUGACAGAAUUUUCAUAAUUGUUUCUCUAUCAUUGUUUAUGUUAAUAGAAAAAAGAACCAGAGCAAGUCAAAAAACUACUGAAAGUUUAAAAUAAUUUUGAACCAAGUAAUUUGAUAAAUCCGAUGAAAAUCCUCCUUCCAAGUAACAAUCAAGAGUUCACACAGCCGAGAUUUUAAAGUUGAGACAUGCUUUCUAUAUUUAUAAUCCAUAUACAAAUGCAUACAAUGUCUACAAGGAACAUCAUUUUUCAUAUUAUAUAUGUAUUGUAUUUAGCUGUGCGCACUGUUACUUUUAAUUUGUGUUUUAUCUUAUCAUUUUGAAUAAUGUAUAUUCUACUACUUACUAUAUCCUUGCAGUCAGAUGCUUUUUGUUCGAAAAUUUGGUUAUUCAGGGUUGCAAGGGCUUGAACUAAGUUCAUAUUUUGGAACUGUUUUUAUUCAUCGUACUGAAGGUUGUAUUUAAUUUGUAAGUUAUAUUCUUGGAUUUUGAAUAAAUUAAUUGCAGGA